GUGUUGUGUUGUGUUGUGUUGUGUUGUGGAGAUUAGGUUCCAAUUGCCCGGUCCUUGGUUCCCUGGUGCCCUGGCUGUGCUGCGGGCUGGGGAGCGACUGCACCCCGCGUGUCCCCACCCCCGCGCCCGCCCGCGCAGCGUGACUGGCGGCCGCUGCGGGCUCGGGAGACGCGGGCCGAGAGCGCAGAGCCGGGAGGCGGCGGCUGGUGGCGUCGGCCGCGCGGUCCUCCUCCGCGCCCCUCCCCUGGAGCUCGCGCUGCCUGCGCCCGGGAAGCCGCGGCUGCUCGCUGUUGGCGGGGGACCAGCGCGGACGCGGGGGCGGCGGGAGCGCGGACCGCACAGCUGCCCGGGAGUCGCCGAGACCCCGGCCUGCGCGCAUCCAAGUGAGGGCUGCGCCCCGCCAGCUCCAGCUCCAGUAGCCUCCCUGCCUGCGCCCCACGGCACGCGCCGUACAGCCAUGAACACCAACGACGCCAAGGAGUACCUGGCCCGGAGGGACAUUCCUCAGCUUUUCGAGAGCCUUUUGAAUGGUUUGAUGUGUUCCAAGCCUGAAGACCCCAUAGAGUACUUGGAAAGUUGUUUACAGAAAGUCAAGGAGCUAGGAGGCUGUGACAAGGUGAAGUGGGACACAUUCGUCAGCCAGGAAAAGAAGACAUUACCCCCGCUGAAUGGAGGACAAUCUCGGAGAUCCUUCCUCAGAAAUGUAAUGCCUGAAAACUCAAACUUUCCUUAUCGACGAUAUGACCGGCUCCCUCCUAUCCAUCAGUUCUCCAUAGAAAGUGACACAGACCUGUCUGAGACUGCAGAGCUGAUAGAAGAGUAUGAGGUUUUUGACCCGACGAGACCUCGACCCAAAAUCAUCCUCGUCAUAGGUGGUCCAGGAAGUGGAAAGGGUACUCAGAGUUUGAAAAUUGCAGAGCGAUACGGAUUCCAAUACAUUUCAGUGGGAGAAUUAUUGAGGAAGAAAAUCCACAGUGCCAGCAGCAACAGAAAAUGGAGUCUGAUUGCCAAGAUAAUUACCAACGGGGAGUUGGCCCCACAGGAGACAACGAUUACCGAGAUAAAACAAAAAUUGAUGCAAAUACCUGAUGAAGAAGGCAUUGUUAUUGAUGGAUUCCCAAGAGAUGUUGCCCAGGCUCUAUCUUUUGAGGACCAGAUCUGCACCCCUGACCUGGUGGUGUUCCUGGCUUGUGCCAACCAGAGGCUCAGAGAGAGAUUAGUGAAGCGUGCAGAGCAACAGGGGCGGCCUGAUGACAAUCUGAAAGCCACCCAACGGAGAUUAGUAAACUUCAAGCAGAACGCUGCCCCGCUGGUGAAAUACUUCCAGGAGAAAGGACUCAUCAUGACUUUUGAUGCUGACCGAGAUGAGGAUGCCGUGUUCUAUGACAUCAGUGUGGCAGUCGACAACAAGCUGUUUCCAAACAAGGAGGCUGCAACAGAUUCAACUGACCUUGACCCUUCGAUGAUGUUUGAUGCUGGAGAGAUCGUUGACACAGGAUCAGAUUAUGAUGACCAGGGUGACAAUCAACUAAAUGUGUUUGGAGAGGACACCAUGGGAGGCUUAAUGGAGGAUUUGAGAAAAUGUAAAAUUAUUUUCCUGAUGGGUGGCCCUGGCUCUGGCAAAGGCACCCAGUGCAAGAAACUGGCAGAAAAAUAUGGAUUCACUCACCUCUCUACUGGCGAGCUCCUGCGCCAGGAACUGGCCUCAGAGUCAGAAAGAAGCAAACUGAUCCGUGACAUCAUGGAGCGUGGAGACCUGGUGCCCUCGGGUGUCAUCCUGGAGCUGCUGAAGGAGACCAUGGUGGCCAGCCUGGGCAACACCAAGGGCUUCCUGAUUGAUGGCUACCCCCGGGAAGUAAAGCAGGGGGAAGAAUUUGGACGAAGGAUUGGAAACCCCCACUUGGUGAUCUGCAUGGACUGCUCAGCAGACACCAUGACCAACCGCCUUCUGCAGAGAAGCCAGGGCAGCCAGCAUGGGGAGGACACUGCCAAGACCAUUGCCAAGCGCCUGGAGGCCUACCACCGAGCGUCCAUCCCUGUCCUCGCCCACUAUGAGACAAAAACACCCCUAAGGAAGGUCAAUGCAGAGGGAACACCAGAUCAGGUUUUUCUUCAGCUCUGCACAGCUAUUGACUCUGUUUUCUGAACAUGAAAAUCACCCCUUCAUGAACACACUUCCCUUCGUCCUCACCAUCCCAGCAGGCUGCUUCCUUCCCAGCUCAACUCAUGGGAAUUAUCUGGAAGCCAUGCAUGGUAUCUCUGGGACCGUCCACCUCUUCCUCCUGUAGACAACCAUUCCCUUUGGUAUGGUUCGCUUGUUUUUCUGUCACAAGGCUGUACCUCAGAGCAAAGUCAGGAUGGGAAGAGCAUUGGGGAUCUGUUUGUGCUGGGCGUGCCCCAGGGCCAGCUGGAGUCUGAUCCAUCACACAGGGAGAACAUAUCAGUUUCCUUCUCACCCAUUUUUGUUCCUCCCUCACAUGGGUCCUCAGCAUGGGGCAAGCUUGGACAUGGCAUCCUGUACUGGCUCUCUGCUUCUCCACUUCUACCCAUGAAGGGUCCAGAGCUCUGGUGGGACCUUUAACUGCCCUGUGGUGCAGAGGCACCACACCAGCACCACACCAGCAGUACUUGACAGAAAUGUUUCAAAAUAAGACACUGUCCAGCUUCUCUAAGGGAGCACAACAGGGCAAUCAGUACUAUCCAUUUGGGGGAAGCUACAUCGAAUAGUGUAAUAAAAGCUAACACAUCUGAGCAACUGUACAAGCCACUCUCCAUGUGGUAGUACGUCUCAGCAAUUCCAUAAAUUAGUAUUAGAGUCUGGAAGUAACCUAAAAAUAGGAGAGAUGACUGAUACUUCACUCACUGGACAAAACCAUCUUGUAGUUCUGAGAUUUCUACUCCCUGACAUACUGCCAAGUAAAAAGACAGGAACAGUAUCCUAACAGGGGUGGGGGCAGGCUCAUGCGUGAGUGUCCUGCGCUGUAUCCUGUGUUGCACGUUUUUCAUGGCCUGCUCCAUGGUAAACACUUGCAUCACACCAGUGAAGCCUGGGUCUUUUGUGCUGAGCUGUUGAACUGAAGCUGCUGCCAUCUUCUGAAAUACCUGCAUCUUGCACUCAAUCACUACACAAUACGCAGUUCAGUUUGCAUGAUUCUUUUCCUCAAUGAGUGUGCAAAUACAGAGAUGUUUCCAGGACAGAACUGUAUUUUUAAAAUCAUUUUUUCCUCAAAACAGUUAUGUAGAAAUGAAAUAAAUGGAAGCCAGGAUAACUCUUUCUCUAUUUAUUUGUAACUCACAUCACUCUGGAAAGCCUCUGAAAGCUUUCAUCCAAACAGAAACAAACACAGUCGAAAUUUAAAAUUAUGAUCCACUUAUAUGGUUUGAACUUUGGCCAUAGACCAGAUCUGAGCUAUUACAGAGAAA